CUCCGCAAACAGUUUGCUGUAUCCGCUCAUCGCUGGGUUUUGAACAGUUAUUCAAUCCAGAAAUUUCUGACUCAGGGCGGCCGCCGUUAACGCGCAGGCGCAGAAACUAGCACCCGCCCCCCCCGCCAUUGGAGUUGGCGCAUGUGCAAUAUCGUCGGUCAUCCCUUGAGCGUCAAGAAAGCAGAACUGGACAAAAUGAUGAUAAAGCAAUAAAUGCAGUAGUCAGUUGAUGAUGGCCAUCUUUCAUACCCCAAAAGAAGCUUUUAGUGCCUUGCGUCCAAUUUGUGUUAAGAUAACAAAGGAACAAACUGUCAGCAAUGUACAGUGCCUUCAGUCCCAGCUGCAGAAAGUCGGAGAUGCUGCAUUACAGGAAUUGCAGGAGUAUGUCUUGUUUCCACUUAGAUUUUCAUUGAGGACACCUGGACUGAAGCAAGAAAGAUUUGUCCAAAGUGUAGUGGAGUGCAUUCAUUUUAUAAUUUCUAGAACGUGUGUGCAGAAUCAGCAACAACUUUGUGACAUCUUCUCUGAACUUUCUCUUUGCUUGUCCUCACCGGGAAACCAUGGAAAGCUGGCCAUUACCUCAGAGGAGCUUAAAAUGGCUGUUGUCCAAGGUUUCAUUGCCCUGCUUCAUUCAGCAUAUGGUGACAUUUUGCUAUGCCUGUACCAGCCACAUAUGCUUCCUACACAAGGAUUUAUUAUUUCUCUGCUUUUAGACAUAGCCGAACAUGAAAAAUCAAGACAGCUUCAAAUCCUUGCCCUGAAGUGUUUGCUCGUCUUGAUAUUACAGUGUGAUUGCCCAGAUAUGCACUGUUCUUUUGACAACAGUGAUCAUAUGCAAGUUGGAGAUGCAUUUGCAUCAUUUUUGCCAGGAAUCACUUUAGCAAUGUCACGCAUAAUUUCUGGAGAUGUUAAACAGGGUCACUUAGUAACAUCCUAUGCUAUCAAGGUUUGGUAUAAGCUGGUGGGCUUGGUCAUGGCCAGUGACCAAGUAUCCAAGAAACAUCAUGACAAGAAAACGUUGUUUGCGGAGGGCAGUAAGCUUGCUGAGCUUGUAAUCUGCAGGAAACCAGAAUGGGUGAAAAACACUGCAAACAAACUAGACAUAUUGUUACGAAAACUCUGCAGCUGUGCAGCUGGCAACCCACAUUGGAAAGUAAGGUUGGAAUUGAUUGAACUAGUCUACCAUUUGCUGUCUUACUGUAACAAAUCCCUGAAACAAUCCAUUGGCUAUUUGCUGGAAGUUCUGGUGGGCCUCCUGGGUGAUGAGAGACCAGAGGUACAUACCAGAUGCAGUCAAGUUUUGAGAAAUGUCACUGAGCUGUGUAUGAUAUGCGAGAACAAAGAUUUUACAGACGUGCUCUCCGAAAACUUGCAUGCACUCACAACCGCUCUUCCAAGACUUAUGAGAACUCUGGAUGACCAGAGUAAAUUGAAAUCCUUGGGUUUAUUACUUGGCUACUUAAAGUUAUUAGGACCCAAAGUGAAUGUUGUAUUAAAUUCAACUGUUCACCUUGGCCGUCUUUCAAAAGCAUUGAUGCAAGUCCUAGAGCUGGAUGUCACUGAUGUGAGAAUUGUAGAAGAGAGAUGUUUGAAUGCUGAAGCCGAUGAUCUGCAGCAUCAAAUGCGCUUUUUAUCUGGCUGGGAUCACUCAAGAACGGGAGACAAGCCCUCUAUGCAGAAAAAAUACUUCAAGCAUUUUACAGAAGAAAGUGUAUUUGCACUGCUCCAGCAGACUUGCAGAGUUUUAGGUUACUAUGGCAAUCUCUAUCUGGUCGUGGAUCAUUUCAUGGACCUCUACCAAGAGUCAGUGGUAUACAGGAAACAGGCUGCUUUAGUGAUUAAUGAAAUGUUGUUGGGGGCUGCAGGGUUAGAUGUGGAUGUUCUACAUAAAAGAGAAACCCCAGUUAGUGCAGCUGAUCUCAAGGCAAUAGUGACUUCCAUUAUCGAGGAGUACACAAGCAGGGCUAACUGGCAUCUGGUAACCAGUAUCGAAUCAGAGCAUGAGACUGGCCUCAAUACAAACCAACCAACAUUUCAGGGUUUUACUAAAGGAUCCUGCAAUGAUUGCCUUCACACAAGCGAAAGUCUAACUGUUCACACUAUGAACAGUAAUAUCUGGCAAAUCUGCAUCCAACUUGAAGGAAUUGGCUAUUUUGCUCAUGUGCUAAAUAAGGAAUUUCGUCAGCUUUUAAUGACUUCUCUUUACCCAGUGAUAGAAAAAGUUGGAGCUGAAACUUUGCUUAUUAGUCAAACAGCCACAAGGACAUUAGUAGAUCUUUGCGAAGCCUGUGGCUAUGAUUCACUUCAAGAGUUGAUAAAUCUGAAUUCUGACUAUCUAGUGAACACUAUUUCCCUCAACCUGAGAAGAUUAACUCAAAAUCCUCACACACCUCGUGUUAUUAGUGUCAUGUUUAGCUAUUCUGAUGCCAGUCUGCUGCCUUUGCUUGAUGACGUGAUUCAGGAUGUGCUGCUGUCCCUUGAUCAUUACCACAAUGAAAAGGCUCAGCUGAUUUUCAAUGUCCUCCAUUCGCUAAUGACAGCUUUAGCUCACUGGUUUCCACCUAAGCAUCGUGUUCAGAAAGAAGACAAAGCUCACAAUAAGGCCUGUAGAUCUGCUACCACAGCGGAAGAGAUCCAUUGCUUUUUGAAGGAAUAUCAGAGGCAGAAGAAUUUGGCUGAAGGGCAUGUUGAAGAUAUUGAUUUGGACAAAACAGGUAUUUCCUGGGCAAGAAUUGCUUUUUCACAUAAUCAAGACAUUUCAUUUAUCUCUAAUGCAAUAGAUGCCAGCAUUCUCAAUAUGUGCACAGUGAACAAUUACCUGCUAGCACUUAGGAGAUUGUGA